AUGGCAUGGCCGAACAUCUUCGUCGCACUAGGUGUGUUGUGUUGUACUUCGCUUGGCUAUCUGAUCAAGAUUGUCUACGAUCACCGUCGCAAGAUCAACGUACUUCGCGAACAAGGAGUUCCCAUGCCACAGGAAUGGAGCUGGGUAACCGGGCACCUACUGGUACUUCGAAAAUACGUUGAUGGGAUUCCACCUGACGCCGCUGUGGCCUUUGCGAUGCGAGAUCUUGCUCAGGAGUUUGCCCACACCGAGCUUUUCCUCGUUGACUUUUGGCCAGUUUACCCUCCUCUAUAUACAGUCUUCGGCCCCGAGUCCAUUAGUCAAAUAUGCAACAAGUAUAACCUACCAAAGACGGCUGUUGCUGCCAAAUUCAUGAAACCAAUAUCUGGUGGUCCAAAUCUUGUAUCCAUGAAUGGAAAUGAAUGGAAGUAUUGGAGGUCUUUGUUCAAUCCAGGAUUCGCCACUGGGGCUAUGCUCAAUAAUGUGCCCCAUAUCGUCGAUUCGAUACUCGUCUUCCGCGAGAAGUUGGUCGAUAGGAUCGGCAAGGGCAUGUUCUCUCUCGAUGACUUCACGACGAGGCUGACCACAGAGAUCAUCCUCAAAAUUACGCUGGACAACGAUUCGAACUACCAACGAUCGUCCAACGUACUUGCAACUGCACUGGGACACAUCACAAGCUGGCACUCCUUUUGGGACCCUCGCGUGCUGAUACACCCUUUACGACCCUUCGUUCAAAGAUAUCAUGGUCGCAUUAUGAAUACCUACAUUCGCAAGGAGCUGGAGAAGCGGUUUCAAGAAACCAAAAGGGAAAGAUCCUCGGACUUAUCUGGACAAACGCCCAAAUCGAUCAAAUCUGUCAUCACACUCGCACUUGAGGCGUACUUGUCUGAACGACAAGAUAACGAUGUUCUUCAGGAAGAGAAGCUCGAUCAGAACUUUGCCGAUUAUGCCACCUACCAAAUCCGGGUAUUCCUAUUUGCAGGGACAGAUACAACUGCAUCAAUGAUGGUCUACGUCUACCACAGACUAGCCAAGCAUCCCAACUGGCGAAGAAAACUGCAAGUGGAGCAUGACGAAGUUUUUGGCCCAGAGCCCAACAAUGCUGCUAAGCUAUUAAAAGAGAAUCCUAGCCUCUUGAACAGCUGCAAGCUUACGCUGGCAUUCUUAAAAGAGACUCUGCGACUUCAUGCACCAGCGGGAACCAUGCGCGCAGGACUCACCGGCGUCACUGUGACUGAUCUGGAGGGAAGCGAGCAGCCUAUGGACUAUGUCGGAGCCAAUAUACUCCAUCAGGCGUUGCAUGUCAACCCUCGGGUAUGGCCAAGACCCAGAGAGUUCUUGCCAGAGAGAUUCCUCGUUAGACCUGAGGAUGAACUGCACCCCGAUCCCGCAGCGUUCCGACCCUUUGAACAAGGCCCCAGGAACUGUAUCGGACAAACAUUGGUUUGGAAUGAACUCAGAAUCGCUGUGGUCUUGACAUGCAGGGAUCUUGAGAUCAGAGAUGCUUAUGAUGAUUUCGAUGCUAAGAUGGACAACGAGAUGGGCAUCGGCGAGAAGCUGAAACGAUGGAUUUUUGGUGAGCCGAUGAGAACACUACAUGGAGACAGAGCGUAUCAGACGGACUCAGCAGGAUUGCAUCCUGUUAAUGGAUACCCGUGCUACGUCAAGUGGGCAAAGCACGACUAG